CUCUUCACCGCUCAGACCUGCUGAUGGGCGGAGCUUCACUCUGAAACACAACCUCCUGUAUUCUGGCUUUUCAUUUUCCUCUGAGCUCAACCAGAGAGAGAGUCAGAGAGAGAGAGAGUUAGAGAGAGAGAUAGAUAUAUAUAGAGAGAGAGACAGAGAGAGAGAGUCAGAGAGGCAGAGAGACAGACAGACAGAUAGAGAGAGAGACAGAAAGAGACACAGACAGUGAGAGAGACAGAGAGAGAGUGAGAGACAGAGAGAGUCAGAGAGAGAGAGACACACAGAGAGAGAGAGACAUGGCCACAACAACCUGCACGCGUUUUACAGACGAGUUUCAGCUGUACGAGGAGCUGGGCAAGGGAGCCUUUUCAGUGGUGCGCAGAUGUGUGAAGCUGUGCACCGGACAGGAGAAUGCCGCCAAAAUAAUCAACACCAAAAAGUUAUCUGCAAGAGAUCACCAGAAGCUGGAGCGAGAGGCUCGGAUUUGUCGCCUGUUGAAACACCCAAACAUCGUUCGUCUUCAUGACAGUAUAUCAGAGGAGGGCUUCCACUACCUCCUGUUUGACCUGGUGACCGGAGGUGAACUGUUCGAGGACAUCGUAGCCAGAGAAUAUUACAGCGAGGCCGACGCCAGUCAUUGCAUCCAGCAGAUCCUGGAGGCGGUGCUUCACUGCCAUCAAAUGGGCGUGGUGCACCGGGACCUGAAGCCAGAGAACCUGCUCCUGGCAAGCAAAUGUAAGAACGCUGCCGUGAAGCUGGCCGACUUCGGCCUGGCCAUCGAGGUGCAGGGGGAUCAGCAGGCCUGGUUCGGAUUUGCUGGCACACCGGGUUACCUCUCCCCCGAGGUCCUGAGGAAGGAGGCAUAUGGCAAACCUGUGGACAUCUGGGCCUGCGGGGUGAUCCUCUACAUCCUGCUGGUGGGUUACCCCCCUUUCUGGGAUGAGGACCAGCACAAGCUGUACCAGCAGAUCAAGGCUGGGGCCUACGAUUUCCCUUCUCCUGAGUGGGACACGGUCACCCCAGAGGCCAAGAACCUGAUCAACCAGAUGCUCACUAUCAACCCAGCCAAGAGGAUCACAGCUCAGGAGGCCCUCAAGCACCCAUGGGUCUGCCAACGAUCCACAGUGGCGUCCAUGAUGCACAGACAGGAGACCGUGGAGUGCCUGAAGAAAUUCAACGCCAGGAGGAAACUCAAGGGGGCCAUUCUUACCACCAUGCUGGUUUCUCGAAAUUUCUCUGUGGGCAGCAGGCAGACCACCGCUCCGGCCUCCGUCACGGCGGCCGCGGCAGCAGUGGCUGCAGCCGCCGGCACAACCGCAGGGCUGGUGGAACAAGCGAAGACCUUGCUCAACAAAAAGGCAGAUGUCAAGCCCCAGACAAACAGCACCAAAAACAGCAUAGUCACCAGCCCCAAAGGAAACACCUCUUCACCUGCUCUGGAACCUCAGACAACCGUCAUCCAUAAUCCAAUAGAUGGAACAAAGGAGUCGUCAGACAGCAGCAACACCACCGUGGAGGACGAGGACGUGAAAGGGAAGAGCUUAGACAACAGCUCGCUUAAGGCGCAGUCCAGCACAAGCUCCCAGCCCGAGAGCUCUCAGGGUUCCUCGGCUGCCGUGCACUCCGCUGCAAAGUUUGCUGACCUGCUGGGCUCGGUGCGUAGGGGCUCAGGGCCCGUGUCCGACGGCGAAGGGAGAACCGACACGCCGCCUCCCGCUGUCUUCUCAGCCCCCUCCCCUCCGCACACCCCGGCCGUCCCCAUGCAGAUGUCCCGGCUCACCGACCUGGUAAGCAGCGUCCGCAGGGUGCCAGUGGCCCCUGCGCCUGAGAGUGAUGCUGCGCCGGCCCCUAGCGCCAGGGCCGCCCCUCCACCUGCACACUCCAUCUCCCCACCUCCCUCACUCCCCUCAGCCCCCCUGUCCUCCUCCCAGACGCGCAAACAAGAAAUCAUCAAGAUCACCGAGCAGCUGAUAGAGGCCAUCAACAACGGAGACUUCGAGGCAUAUGCUAAGAUCUGCGACCACGGGCUGACUUCCUUCGAGCCGGAGGCGCUGGGCAACCUGGUGGAGGGGAUGGACUUCCACAGAUUUUACUUUGAGAACCUUUUGGCCAAGAACAGCAAACCCAUCCACACAACCAUCCUCAACCCCCACGUCCACCUGAUCGGCGAGGACGCCGCCUGCAUCGCUUACAUCCGCCUGACUCAGUACGUGGACAGCCAGGAUCGGCCGCGCUCCAGCCAGUCGGAGGAGACUCGCGUCUGGCAUCGCAGGGACAGCAAGUGGCAGAACAUCCACUUCCACUGCUCAGGCGCACCGGCCGCGCCGCUCCAGUGAGGUUUGAAUCCCGUAGUUUUGUCUGUGAGGAGUCUGCUGGAAGAAGAAGAAGAAGAGGAAGAGGAGGAUGAGGAGGAGGAGGAGGAGGAGGAGGAAGAGGAAAAAGAACAGUGUCGGUUUGGGGGCCCCUCGCCCUCCAACAACUAACCCCUCCCUCAAACGGACGCCCCGGCCUCCACCCCCAGCAUGCAUCUCUUCUUUUACAACUCCUCCUGCCCCCCCGUCACCUUCUGACGACCAUCACACAGCCACUCAGCGUCCCACACACUGGGAGAUGGGGGGGUUUGGGGGGGGUUCAGCACUUGUGUGAUUCCUCCGUCCUGUGGUCUCUUCUCUGUCCCCACAAAUCUUCUGUGACCCCCUGUGAAUCCACACUUGUGUGACUUAAACACUGCACUGGAAAUACAGUAUGUAAAGUUUUAAGUAAAAAUCUAUUAUUAUCAUUACUAUAUUAUUAUAAUUCAUAUAAUUAUUAUUACACAUGUAUAUGUCAUUUGUAUAAUUCAGAAUUCUUGAUGCCAGUGGUUUUUAGAGUUGAAGGAUUUUGUUUUUUUGUUUUUCUCGAUCUUUUUAAGGAAGCAUGUUUUUCCCCAUAUUAACAGUGGCUGUUUUUUAUUGUGGCUAUUAAGUGGAAAAUUAUAUUUGGCAGUUUUUGUAAUUUGCCUCCUGUACGUUAGCUAUGAUACUUCGCCCAAACUCAUGGUCGACAUGUUUUUAUCUUUCUGAUUAGUUUUUUUGGGGGUUCUUUUGGAAGCAGUGCCUGAUGAGUGUCACGUGAAGGUGGAGUGUGAGUCCUUGUAUGAAUGUGUGUGUGCGUGUUACGUCCUGAGUCCUGAUGAUAAUGGCUCUGUACAGGGGGAGGAGCCUGUUUGUGUGUGAGCGGCCGGACGUGGGGUCUCGUCUCGCUCAGUGGCUUCCUGUUUCAGACGUAUGCAUCGUAUACAAUAUGAGUUUUAUCGUGUAUUUUACGUUUCCACGCUGUAAAGACGGAAUGUUGUGAUGAUGAAGGUUUAAAGAACGAAGCAGCAGAGUGAGGAUGAAGAAGAAGCGUCGCUGCCACCAGGGGGAAUCUUUCUUUUUAAUUAAAACUAAGAAAAAUGUUUUAAUAUAACAAGAUACUUAAUGUUCGAGGGACAUUUUUUGUAAAGACAAAACUAAUUUUGCUUCAAUCAAAAAAAAAACUACGACUGCAGAUCUCAUCUCAUUAUAUAGACAGAAAGUAUUUUUAUCUUCCAUGUCGAAAAAGAGGAAAUAUCUCAGCCAAUGACUUUAAGAAGAUUACAUUCAAUUUUCAAUGGAUAUUUUGAGCCUUUGAUUGAUUUACAGUAUUAGAAACUUUAACAAGUCAAGGUUUUACAUAUUUUGCUUUUAAUAUUUUCAAAAUAGUUGCAUUUGAAAAGGUGGAGCACUUUUAACAAUUAAUGAUAAAUGAGUUCUGUCUUCUUACUAAAAGUCUAAAAACAUAGUUAACAACUCAAUAACAGAUGAAGAAACAAAAUCCUAAAACACUGAAUGCAUAAAGUUAUUCCUCAUUAUACCAACAUGACUCAAUGAAAAUUAAAUAAGCACAAUAACAUCAAAGUAUCUUGUAAAUAUUAAAACAGGGUUUUUCUUUUUUCUUUAAAAAGCACUUUUAGUUUUUUGCUGACCUGAACCUCUCUGACCUCUGAGCCGCUCAGCGUCGCCUCCUCCUGUUGAUGUUGUUUUUUAAAUUCUUCUGAAAAAGAUGCUCGGGGAGAGGAGGAGGGGGCGGGGAUGCCCUGCUGGUGGCUCCUGCUGUCGCUAGGCAACGGCUGAAUACCCCGCUCGAAGCACAGCGGCUCGUUUUCCAUUAAAAGUCGAGAUAUUUUUUAAUUCUCUCAAUUCUCGGCGGCGUCUGGAACAGCAGCGGCAGCAGGUCUUUUUUUAAAGUGGAAAGAAAGGAUCCCUGCGGAGGCCUUGACCUUUCUCGCCUCCGAAGCCACAAUGGAGCUGCUGCAUGUUGUACAAAGCACACACACCCACACUUCACAGUCCAUAUCAGUGAUGACAAUUAACACGUGUAUGUGUGUGUUUGUGUGUGUGGUUGAGGCCUCUACUAGUGGGAGGAUGUUGUCUGCAGAUGUCAGGGAUGCACACGGCCGCUCUGUUCUGUUCUGUGGUUCCUCAUUUCAGCACAGUCCUUCGCCACGGGGUGUAAUAUUUGUGUGUGCAAGCAUGUACAGUACAUCCAUUGCUCUGAUUGUGUAUUUUUUUUUACAAGCCUGGGAGUGGGGUGUGUGUUACAUUUUGGAGUUGUGUGAUUUUUAGCAGACGAUGAGAGGAGAAGGCUUUAUUUCAGAGGACAUAUCAGUCCGCUGCCUUCAGCCCAGGACGUAAUUUUUUUAGUUUUCUCAUGAUUUGAACUUGAUAUUUUCUCAUGUUUUUACUCGUUGACUCGUGUCACAGUGAAGUUUUAUCAGCUUCUCGUGGUGUAAAGUGCUCGUGCCAGGGGGCGUGGCCCCGGAUGAUACGGAUGGAGACUCUGCUCCACUGAAAAAUUUAGAUUUUGGUCGGAGCGUAACUUUUGCUCGUCCACCAUUGGCUGCCGGGGGCGGUUUGUCUCGUCCCUGUAUCGGUCGGGCCGAGACAUGGAGAGACCGGGCGGCCGGUGUUUGGUGAAAAGUCCUCAGGUUUCUAUUUAUUUGGAAUAUUUAUUUAUUUAUUUUAGUGAAUAUUUGUAUUGUGCUGACAGUUUUCCUCAUGCACUUGUGCAGGUGCUGUCUGUUGUUCAGGGGACUCGGCUCCGUGUAGGACAGCACUGAUUUUAAAGGGAUAGUACACCCAAGUUGCAUCCUGCAUGUGUUUUCUCUGUAACGACCAACAUGGUGUGAAUUUAUUUUUGUCUUUUCUCUGCGACUUCAGAUCUACGCUGGUUUUGAAAUGAUUUAUUCAGUUUUACGGUGUCUUUUCUUUUCUUCCUCUGAAGUCCCAUCACCACCUUGCCACAGUGGUAAUCUAUUACUUUAAAUCUCAUGUGAUGCAGGACUAGGAUUUUGUGUGAACUUUCCCUCCAAAGGCUUCAUUGCAUUUUUUUUUCAAAUGUAGGUUUUUAUUUUCAAGGUGAACCACUGAGUCGUCGUGUUGUGACGAUGUUCAUGUCUCGUUGACCCUGACGUGAUCGUGAAAGGUCGAAGGUCAAAGGUUUCCCGAAGGCGUUCACGUGUGAUCGUGCUCAUAAACAAACACCUCGUCCUCCUCGUACAAAAAAAAAGAAGAAAUAGCAGCAUGCACAGUACAAAUGUGUCGUUCUCCUGUUCUCCUUAUCGUGUUUUCUAGCCUUUGAACAUCAGUUUCAUAAGAGUCACAUAUUUAAAAACGAGGGCGUACACAGUGUUACACAACUGCGACUAAAGAAGUUUUCUUUGCAUGACAGUCAACAGGACACUUUGUUUUUUUUUAUUUGGGUGUUUUCCUUUUUACUUGGUUUCACCUUUUCUACUGAAUGCUGGUAUACUCGACCUUUCUCUAUCUAUUUUCUCAGCUUUUUAAGUGCAUAUAACUAUUUUUGUCUCCAGAUGAUAUAACGAAGAUGAUUAAUGAUGAUUAUAUUAAUGACUGUGGCACUGAGGAAGACGAUGUCGAAGGCGAUGAUGAUGAAGAUUGUUUUGCAUGCUGUUCUACGGGGCUCUGUGUUGUCAGUGCAGGACUCCAGCAGGGGGCGCAGUCUCACAAAGUAAAGCACAAACAGACUUAGCUGCACUAUAAGUUCAUUUUAGAGGCAAAUCCAACAGAGCAUCCAGGUGUAGAGUAAGAAACCAGCUUCCAUGAGGAUUAUUGAUCACAGUAGUGACCUGUGUACCAACACCACUUAUAGAUCAGGAUCCUGUGUCACUUAUCAGAACUACAAUCAUGACUGGAAAUGAUUUACUGUGCAGAUAUAAAGCACAUCUGCCUCCUCUAGGGUUUUUAAAGUCAUCCUCGUUCUCCAGUGACUAAGUUGCACUGACAACACUGAGUUGUUUCUUUCUCUUCGUCGGGCGCAUUUCACUCUUUUCUCCCCAGUUUCUCUUCAGUUGACUUUCUAUUUUCCAUCCGUCUCUUUUUUUUCCUGUCAGUUUGGGUUUCUCUUCUGUAUAAUAAUAUUAAUCCUCUAGUUCUCUGAUUCUUUGACUUAUUGCUCUGUUCUCUUACGUGCUACACGUGUUUCUCUAACUUCAAGAAAAAUGUGUUAAGGUGUUAUCAAUAAAAUGAGUUUAAAUAGAAA